AGGGCAGGGGUGUCAAACUGGUGGCCCUCCAGCUGUUGCGAAACUACAAGCCCCAUAAUGGAAGUCGUGCUUGUAACUGUCAAUCUUGCAAUGCCUCAUGGGACUUGUAGUUUGGCAACAGCUGGAGGGCCGCCAGUUUGACACCUAGCCUGUAAACCAGGGACACCAAACUGGCGGCCCUCUAGCUGUUGAGAAACUACAAGUCCCAUCAUGCCUUUGCCUUUGGGAGUUAUGCUUGUAACUGUCAAUCUUGCAAUGCCUCAUGGGACUUGUAGUUUGGCAACAGCUGGAGGGCCACCAGUUUGACACCCGUGCUGUAAACCAUUG